GGAUGAGGAAUAAAGGGGAGCAGAAGGAGGACAGCACCACACUCAUUGCCAUGGUAACCAAGCCAGAGGACAACUAUGGCAGCAUCACCAUGAAUGCAACUGGUAAGCCUCAGGACAGGAACGUGUUCAGUGACGGAUCGACUCGAGUCGAUUUUGUGUUGGUGUGGGAGGAGCCUCGGAGCUCACAGACGGAGGACAGUACAGUUGUUAACCCUGCCCGCCUGAAGUGGAGGGAGGAGUUUCUGAGCAGACUGGGACGCUCCGGACUGCUGCAGGAACAGAAGGAAGUCCUGCAGACAAAGACGAGGAUUUGUUUUGUCCUCCUCAGUGCUCCGUGGAGCGUCCUCUGUUAUUACGCUGAGGAGAUCAGUCUGAGAGUCCCACUGCAGGCGGUCACCACUCCAUUCAUUACCUGGUCUGAACAGAUCCUGUCCCGGCUGUCCCUCCCCAACCCUCUGUCCCAGGAUGUCCCCAACCCGCCACCUGAAUACUACACCUGCCAGUUCAGGACCAACAAGCUGCAGAGGUUUCUAGGCAGCGACGACAAAGACACGUUUUUCAAUACGACUCAGAGACACCAGGUGCUGUACGAGAUUCUGGCCAGGACUCCAUAUGGUUCGGCGAAGAAGGGGGAAGUGGGAAUCGACCGACUGCUGAGUGAGCAGGUCUUCACCGCUGCCUACCCGCUGCAUGAGGGUGGUUUUCAGCUGCCAACCCCCCCGGUGCCCCCCAAGUCUUUAAGUCUGAGACAGAUACUAUAUGCGUACUGGGCCAGGUGGUCCUGCUGGAGAUGCUACCAACCUCUGGACCACAUCAGGGAAUACUUUGGGGAGAAGAUAGCGCUUUACUUUGCCUGGCUCGGUUUCUACACUUGCUGGCUGUUACCGGCGUCUCUCACGGGGACUGUGAUCUUUCUGUUCGGGUUUUGGCUCAUGGCCACUGAUGUUCCAGCGAAGGAAGUGUGUGACAGCGGAAACAGCUUCAUCAUGUGUCCUAUCUGUAACAUCUGCUCCUACUGGAACUACUCCAGCAUCUGUGUCACAUAUAAGGCAGGUCUCCUGUUUGAUAACGGAGGAACAGUGUUUCUCAGUGUCUUCAUGUCUCUGUGGGCCGUCACCUUCCUGGAGUACUGGAAGAGAACCUGUUCGGCUCUGUCUCACCACUGGGACUGCUCCGACUUCCAGGAAAUCGAGGAGCGACCCCGUCCAGAGUUCACAGCCAUGGCUCCAAUGACCAUGAGGAACCCGGUGACCGGAGCAGAGGAACCUUACUUUCCUGAAAACAAACGACUGAGCAGGACUUUGACUGGCUGCAUGGUCAUCAUCAUCAUGAUUGCCGUGGUGUUGAUGUUCCUCAUCGCCAUAAUUCUGCAUCGCACCAUCUUCAGCAUCAUCCUCUACAAGUCUAACCCCAGUUUCUUCAGCUUCUCCGCUGGGAGGAUAGCCAGUAUUUCGGGAUCAGUGUUGAACCUGUUGGUCAUCCUCAUGUUGUCCAAGGUUUACACCACACUGGCCCACAUCCUCACCCGCUGGGAGAUGCAUCGCACUCAGAGUAAAUAUGAAGACAUGUUCAUCCUCAAAGUUUUCAUCUUCCAGUUUGUCAACUUCUACUCGUCUCCAGUUUACAUCGCCUUCUUCAAAGGCAGGUUUGUCGGUUACCCUGGAAACUACAACACUCUGUUUGGAGUUCGCAACGAAGACUGUGGAGCAGGUGGAUGUCUUAUUGAACUGGCUCAGGAGCUGCUGGUCAUCAUGGUGGGAAAACAGCUGGUCAAUAACAUCCAGGAGUUCAUCGUCCCGAAGUUGAGGUCGUGGUGGCAGAAGAGGAGGAUGAGUCCGCGGCUGAGGGAGGUGAAGGAGAAGGAAGGAGAGGAGGAUCAGAGGGAGGAGGUCUCUCCCUGGGAGGCAGACUACCAGCUGCUGGUCUGUGAGGGACUCUUCAGCGAGUACCUGGAGAUGGUGAUUCAGUUUGGUUUCAUCACCAUCUUCGUGACGGCGUGUCCUCUCGCUCCUCUCUUCGCUCUCAUUAAUAACUGGGUGGAGAUUCGAUUGGACGCGCAGAAGUUUGUGACUGAGUAUCGCCGCCCCGUGGUGGAGCGAGCUCAGGACAUCGGCAUCUGGCUCCCCAUCCUGCAGUUCAUCACACACAUGGCUGUCCUCAGCAACGCUUUUCUCAUAGCGUUCACCUCGUCCUUCCUGCCCCGUCUGUACUACGGCUACACCAGAGACAGCACAUUGAGCGGCUUCAUCAACUUCACUCUGGCAACAUCACCACACAACUACAGCCAGCAACGCCAACACACGUCCUGCAGGUAUCGGGGUUUGAGGGAUGAAAAUGGUGAAUACCUGCCAGAGUACUUUCACCUCCUCGCCAUACGACUCAGUUUUGUCAUCAUCUUUGAGCAUGUGGUCUUCUUCAUCGGCCGUCUGAUCGACAUGAUGGUUCCUGACGUCCCCGAGGAGGUGGAGAUGAAGAUGAGGAGGGAGCACUACAUGGUUAAAGAAGCACUGGCUGAGAACCAGUCUUUGGGGAAAACUAUUAUUCCUGGUGAUAAGGACACCCUUUCCAGCGACCUGCGACAGCGUGUAUCUAGACCAUCACCACCGCUGCAGAGCGACUCCCACCCACCAAACCUGGAGGAGAUCCCAGAGGAAACAGACACAGUAGACAUCUCCUGAGAUUAAAAAAAGUGAACUCCCUCUACCUCUGCAUCCACAUCUAAAUAACUGAGCCUCUCCUUUUGGUCAACCUCCCUGACAAAUCUACCAAACCACUGUGACACCUCUACAAGCUCUACAAGAACUGUGUUUAAUCCUUAAAGGUCCUAAAAGAACUUUGCAAGACCUACAAGAUGUAGCUCUAGACGACCAUUGCUAGAUCUACAACAACUACAAGACUCCUGCUAGAUAUCUAGAGGUUCUACCAGACAUAUCCUACAAGAGCACACCUAGUGGUCCAAAAGACAUUGAUGAGAUCUCUACAGCUAGAUCUUUACAAGAACUAAAAGACUUCUGGUAGCGUUCUUCAAAAUCUACUUAAGUUGUGCUGAAUCCUUACAGGUCCUACAACAGCGCUGAAAGUGGUCUAUAAGACCAACGAGAUGUCAGCAGAAUCUUACAAGAGCAACAAUACAUAAUCUAGAUGUUUACAAGAAAGAGAAGACCUUUGCCAGACUGCAAAAUGUACAACACCAAUGCUAGACCUCUGCAAGAUCUACAGGGGCUGAGUUGAACAUAUACACAUCCUACAAGAGCUCUGCAAGAAUCAUUGUACAUCUUGUAAAGGUCCAGCAAAAGUCUUCUUGAUUUAAUGCACAUCUCAUGCACAUUUUGUAGGACCUGUAAGGAUUCAACAGGACUGUAGUAGAUCUUGAGGAUGACUAGCAUAGGUUUUGUCAAACUCGUACGGAUUUCACAGACAUCUUGUAGGUCUUGUAGACCACGUGGCCUACAAGAUAUCUACAAGACCUACCAGAAUUGGUUUUAAUCCUUACAUGUCCUUCAAGAACUCUGUGAUACGUCUACAAGAUCUAAAAGAUGUUGCCGAGACCUCUGUAAGAGCUACGAGACUCUAUGGGAUCUACAGGGGUUGUGUUAACCCUCUAGAUGUCCUAACAAGAACCCUGCAAGAGGACCUCUGCCAGAUCUUCAUAAGGUUGACUAGUUUUCUAUAAAUGCUCUCAAAGUAAACAUGACAAUACCCCCAAGAUCUGCAAGGGCUACAAGAUGUCCUCAAAAACUCAACAGGGCCUAGGCCCUGGGUUGUUGAUUUAUUAAACUAAUACACUGAUCAGGCACAACAUUAAAACCAGUUAUGGGAUAUAUAUACAGUAUAUGUAUAUACUGUGUGUCUAUAUAUAAAUACAUAUAUAUAUAAAACAUUAAAACCGGUAACUGGUUUUAAUGUUGUGGCUGAUUGGUGUAUAUGACUGAUGCAGAAACCUUUCAAAAACUCCAUAUGAAGCCUACAAAACCUUGGAGAGCACAAAAAGACCUGAAAAUAGCUGUACAAGAGCAGUAAAUGAGGCCCUUUAAGACCACUACAAGAACUACAUUAGCCCUUCAAGAAGUCUUAAAGAGGUCCCAGAUCACUACAAGACCCACAAGUGAACAGGGCUUCAGGAAAUCCUUCUUUUGUGUUCAGCUGUUACUGAUUCUCAUUCAGAGACUCUGUUGUUGGAUUAAAUUAUUACCUAUUGAAAGGUCCUUGUACUAUUUUGCGGUCUGUGUAUGAAAUUAUUGGUGGAACAAAUAUUAGAAACACUUUUGAAUGUUAGUCAUGAUUAUAUAAUUUGUAGUUGAUUUUCAUUAUGUCCAGACUCUAUAAAAGCUCUCAGAACGAACAUUAAUUUACAAAUUUGUCUGUCCUUUUACUGAGAAAACAGACUAUUUUAAUAUCUAAACUGUGUUUGAAAAGUCAUCGACAUGGCAAAUCACAUGAAAAAGAGAGUCAACAAAGACC